AUGUCGAUACAAGCCUCCCCAAGAGAUAAAAUCGGCUUGCUGAGCGCGUCGUCUUUCAAAAGCAGUCUUGAUCGUACUACUGCUACGAAUUUUAACGCUUAUACUACUGAAUCAUCUUCUAGAAAUUCCACACCAAAGAAUACCGGUAGACCGGCUGACACCAUCCACUACCUCUCCCCAGCCACCACCCGGACCGGCAGCGAGCACGAGGGCGACCUCUCCUACCGGCAGUUCGUGCACUUCCGGCCUCCCGAUUUCGCCGCCCAGCAGCAGGACUUCGACUCGGGCUCGGCCAGCUCGCGCUCGUCGGCCUCGGCCGCCUGCGACCAGUCGGAGCCGCAACGGACGCUGGCUAUUGUCAAGCCAGAGGCGGUGCGGUUCAAGGACGUGGUGUUGAGGGCUGUGUGGGAGGCAGGAUUGAAGAUACUUGAUCAACGACUUAUUCACCUCAGUCCAGAGCAAGUCUCAGAAAUCUACGCGAAACACUAUGGCAGCCCCUCCUUCCCCCACAUGGUGGUCACCAUGAACGUUUCCCCCGUCUUGGUGCUAGCCCUUGCCGGCAAAGACUGCGUGGAAAAGUGGAAGACCAUGAUAGGCCCUUAUGGUGUACUCAGGGAAGAGUGGUUCUUUCCUUACAGCGUCAGGUCGAGGUUCGGGAUCCUUGCUGAUAUGCCCGACGCGUUGCACGCUUCUGAAAAUGUGGCAGAAGGGAUGUGGGAAAAUCGGUAUUUUUUUCCCAGAAGUAUUUUGGAGCCUUUGAUUAUUGAUGAAGACAAAGUGGCCGACUAUGUAAAUAAUUUUGUAACACCAACACUAACAGACGGCUUGGCUCAAGUGGUACUUAUGAAACCAAUAGAUCCGAUCAUGUUCCUCGCAGAAUGGUUACUAUUGAAUAACCCCUACCAAGCUAAAUUCCCAGAAAAUGUAGCAGUUAGCCCCCUCUGA